AUGCAGGACGCCUGGACGACUCGCAAAACCGAGGAGAUCCAAGGGUACGCGGACCGCAACGAAUGGAAGAACUCUUUUGCCGCGAUUAAGGCUGUCUAUGGCCCGCCGACUAAAGCAACUGCACCUCUUCUCAGCACUGAGCGGAGUACCCUACUCACUGAGAAGACACCAGUUCUACAGCGAUGGGCCGAGCACUUCAGAGGCGUCCUCAACCGUCCCUCCACCAUUUCCGACGCCGCCAUCGCCCGUCUGCCUCAAAUGGAGACCAACACCGACCUCGACCUCCGCCCUCUCUCCACGAAACGACCGGGGCCGUGCAGCUGCUCACCAGCGGGAAAGCGCCUGGAUCGGACGCGAUCCCUGCUGAGAUCUACAAGCACGUGUACGCCAACUUACGGAUCGUCUAACGGCGCUCUUCUAGGAGAUAUGACGUCUAGGAGAAGUUCCGCAGGAUUUCAAAGACGCCACGAUCGUGCAUCUCUAUAA